UGUAACCUUUCGUGUGCUUGUGCUUGUGCCUUAUUAAUUAAUAAAUAAAUUUAUAAAAAUGUUUCCUAUAAAAAUAAGUAAGAAAUUAAAAGUUUUUAAUACAAAUAUAAUUCGAAGAUGCAUUCAUUUCGGUGAUAUAAAUACAAUUGGUACAGAAUGCGAUGUGAAUUCUCCAGACUACCAAGAAAACUACAAUCAAAUGUCAACAUUAGUGGACAAAUUAAAAUCGGUUACAAAUGAAAUAUUAAAAGGUGGCGGUGAAAAGGCCAUUCAGAGGCAUACAUCAAAGGGCAAACUUUUGGCACGUCAAAGAAUCGAUCUUCUAUUAGACAAAGGAUCUCCGUUUCUAGAAAUUGGAACAUUAGCAGGAUAUGAAAUGUAUGGUAAAGAAGUUGUCAAUGCCGGUGGCAUAAUUACGGGAAUUGGACGUAUUCAAGGCACUCUGUGUAUGGUAGUAGCAAAUGAUGCCACAGUUAAAGGUGGAUCUUAUUAUCCAAUCACAGUAAAAAAGCACAUAAGGGCACAAGAAAUAGCACAGGAAAAUCGUCUCCCUUGCGUAUACUUAGUAGAUUCUGGUGGUGCCAAUUUACCAAAACAGGCUGAUGUAUUCCCAGACAAAUUGCAUUUCGGUCGCAUUUUCUUCAACCAAGCUAACAUGUCUGGACAGGGUAUUGCGCAGGUCGCAGUAGUAAUGGGUAGCUGUACCGCUGGUGGUGCUUAUGUGCCAGCUAUGGCAGAUGAGAGUAUAAUUGUUAAAAAACAAGGUACUAUCUUUUUGGCAGGACCACCUCUUGUCAAAGCAGCUACAGGGGAAGUUGUGUCAGCUGAAGAUCUCGGAGGUGCUGAUCUGCAUUGCAAAACAUCUGGUGUAACUGACCAUUACGCCGUUGAUGACGAGCAUGCUCUGCACCUGGCUCGUCAAGUUAUUAGUAAUCUAAAUCUUCCCACUUCUCGAACCUACGAUGAAUUGAUGCCUUAUACUCUUCAAAAUAUAGACGACUCUUUAAGAAGUAAUAUCACAAUUCCAGAAGAACCCAAGUUCGAUAGCAAAGAAAUUUAUGGUAUUGUUGGUUCUGUACUGACGAAACCAUUUGACGUUCGUGAAGUUAUAGCCAGAAUAUUCGAUGGUUCCCGAUUCAUGGAAUUCAAAAAAAUGUAUGGUGAUACUUUGGUUUGCGGGUAUGCGAAAUUAUAUGGGCAAAUAGUAGGAAUCGUUGGAAAUAAUGGUGUGCUGUUUUCGGAAAGUGCCCUCAAAGGAGCACAUUUUAUCCAAUUAUGUGCGCAAAGGAAAAUACCAUUGAUAUUCUUGCAAAAUAUUACUGGGUUUAUGGUGGGACGUGACGCCGAAGCCAAUGGUAUUGCGAAAAAUGGUGCUAAAAUGGUAACAGCUGUUGCUACUGCCAAUGUACCAAAAAUUACAUUAAUAAUUGGAGGAUCGUACGGAGCCGGAAAUUAUGGGAUGUGCGGAAGAGCUUAUUCUCCUCGAUUCUUGUACAUGUGGCCAAAUUCUCGAAUCUCAGUCAUGGGUGGACCACAAGCUGCAGGUGUCUUAAACCAAAUUACUGAAGAACAACAUAAACGAGCUGGUAAAGAAUGGACAGCAGAGCAAAGUAAUGCGCUGAUGGCGCCUAUCAUCGCACAAUUUGAGAAAGAAGGAUCACCUUACUACAGUUCUGCCAGACUUUGGGAUGAUGGCAUAAUCGAUCCUGCAGAUACAAGGAAAGUUUUAGGUCUUUCCUUAGCUGCAGCAAUGAAUAAUUCUGGACAUGAAACCAAAUUUGGCGUUUUUCGUAUGUAAUUGUUUUCCAAAAACCAUUGUAAAUAAGUUCAUUGUCAAUCAUAACUAUAUAGGUAAGAAUAUAGUUAUAGUUUACGUAUAGAUUUAUUUUGUAAUUUUUACAAUAAGUCUAUGAAACUUUUUGGUACCACCGAUAAUUCGUUUAU